AUGGAGCCUCCAGAGCCUCUCCAAGAGAUGGCAUCUCUACAUGGAACGUUUUCAAAAGUGCUCGCAGAGUUGGAAGAGCUCCAUGUCGCAGAGGUCCAACAGCUUCAGAGUCAAGUCUGGGAGCUUCAGAAGCGUUUGGGCGAAGGCUUCGGGCCCCGGUGCGAGUCCCCAGUGAAGGCCAUCCAAGCCAAUCCAGAUUCCAAUCCAAGAAGAAGCGAAAUUGUGGACUCCAAGGAAUGUGUCCAGUGCUUUGGAUGGAAGCCAAGGGGUCGCUCCCAACAGGAACAUAUCCUCGAUCUCUGCUUUGCUGACAGCAUCUUUGGGAACCAAUGCUUUCGAGAAGAAGGCGGAUGA